UACAUCAGCACAUCAUCACAUUUCAAUCAACCACUCUCGUCUUCAAACACUUCCACCAACAAUCCAUCCACUACCCAAUACCAACCACAUCAACACCACCAUCAUGAGCUCCAACGAGAUCCCCAACGGCAACGCCAUGGACAACGACUACAAGUCCCGUACCGGCCAGACCGAGAUUCCCGUCCAGAACGAUGAGGCACCUGUUGAGGCGACCGAGUACACCAACGGUGGUGACUCUGACGCACAGUUGGAGCGCGAUGAGAAGGACGCCAUCGAUGAGAGCAAUAUUCUCGACGAGCGCACACGUGGUGCUGCCAAGUCGGCUGGUACUUACACCGAGCCCGGUGACGAGGAGGGUCUUGGUGCCGCUGCUGACGGCUCUGACGGUACUUCUGCCACCCGAUAGAGUGUGACAACCUGUAAAGAAAGAGGUGGAAUUAAUCGCGUGUUUUGAUCAACCUGAUAUCCCAU